AUGGACCUUUUUUAUGGAAUGAGAAGUGAAUCUGAUUUUGGAUAUACAUCCGAUCUAUCUGAGGAUGAAAUGGUUCAGGCGUCAGGAGGCAGUGGAAGUGAAACUGAUCCAGAGCUGGAAGCUAUUUGGCUGUUUUCUCUUAAGUUGACGCUAACACACGUUCAUCCUCAACACCCAAGAAAAAGUGAAAUGCGGAGAAAAAAGAGCUUGUGUGGUAGAGAAAAAAGACUCAAAGAGAAAUUGUAUAAGAGAAAGAAGAGGCAGGAGCAGUCACUCCCCUCAGCAGAUGCUUCUACUGAUGAUGCACCACCAGACUCUGCCAUUCCUUGCGGGAUGGUAGAUGGAACUGUGUCAGUUCCACCCGGUCAUUUUCCGGGUCAAGGCUCUAUAGGGUUGCCUCCUUUUGAGGAAAAACCCUUGGCCAGGUUGCAGGCCUCUCCUCGUGAGAAAAUGCAACCAACUGCCCUGAGUAACGCAUCUUCUCAGGGAAGUCGUCUGUGUGCCCGAAACGGAGGCAUGGCACCGUCCCCUGACUCCCCACCGUGGGUUUGUACCUCACCGAGGGUACCUGAGCCGGACACCGUGCACGUGUCUGGCUCAGCAGGUCAGGCGCAGCUGGAUAUGUCAUCCUCUCAGGGGGAUGAGUCCAGCAGGAUACAAAAUGAUGCAAUGGAUUUUGAAACGGAUUUUGAAACGGAUAUUAAAACGGAUAUUAAACAGAGAACUGAAACGAAUUUAUAUGAACAAAUUGAGAAUAUAGACAAUAGAAAUGAGAACAAUAAAUCAGAAUGUAGAAUGGAGAAAUCAGAAUGUAGAAUGGAGAAAUCAGAAUGUAGAAUUGAGAAGUCAGAAUGUAGAAUGGAGAAAUCAGAAUGUAGAAUUGAGAAGUCAGAAUGUAGAAUGGAGAAAUCAGAAUGUAGAAUGGAGAAAUCAGAAUGUAGAAUGGAGAAAUCAUGUACUGAUGGACAAGAUGAUGUUGAAUGUGCAUGUAUGAGUGAUGAUGGACCAGUAACAAUGUUUGAGGUUUCUGUUCAAGGUUCUUUUCAUCAAGGUGACUUAAUGUUUGGUGAAAAUGCAGGAACACAGUGUGUAGCAAACUCCUUGGCAGCAUUGGCAUACCAUAAACUAAAGAAUGUGAAACAAUGGACAACUUCAGAUAUGAAUAAAGUGUUAGCAACAGGUGAUGAACUUUAUACAUAUUUGCAGCGUAGUUCAACUAUUGUUAGUAGAUACCUUUUAGUUGAUGAGUUGCCCCAGUUUUUAGAAUGUUUCAAUACACCAUUUGAGUUCAAAGUUCAUGAACCUUUAUGCAGCCUGAUAAAUUUGUCUGAUGUAGAGCCAAACUUAGAUGAAUUUAAUGCAUAUUCCCUUUCAAAUGCAUUGCAAAUUGCCCUUGGAGAAACAAGUGGAUGUUUUGUAUGUUUCAGAGGAAAUACGUUUUUGGUUGGGAAAACAGAAGAUGGUUACUUUACAUUUGAUUCACACUCAAGAUCGUCAUUAGGAUAUGUGAGUUUAAAUGGAAAGAGUACAAGGAUACUUUAUCAAUCUGUUGAUGAUAUUUAUAAUCACAUAUUAUCAUUAGCAUUGUCAAUGGGUUUUUCUGGUACCACUGAAUGUGAAGUAACAGGUGUUGAUUGUUCAAUUAGGCACUUUGUAUCUACUGAUCAAUUUGAUGUUGAAAUUAAGCAAAAGGAAGUUGCACAGCCAGAUACAGACUCGACAAAAAUCUUUCAAGAAAACACAAACAUUUUAACUGCAAGUCUUCAGUCAGUUGCAGAUGAUGAUGUUGAAUAUAUUUGCAGUGAAAGUCAUGAUAUUAGUUAUUUGCCACUUUCUCACAGUAUGAAAGUACAGCUAUGUCAGGUUAUGGGAAUACCACACUCAAAUAGAAUUGAUUAUGAUGAAGAGAAUCACCAUAUGCAAGAAAUAGGAGCACCUGUUGAGUGUGUUGAAAUUACAGGGGAUGGAAAUUGUUUCUUUAGGGCUAUUUCAUUUUGUUUGACUGGUGUGGAGGAUUAUCAUUACCCAAUACGAUUAGCAGUAUGUCAGCAUCUAAUGCACAAUAGAACAUUGUUUGAACCUUUUGUAAGAUGUGCAGAAUGUACUGUAGAAAAUCACUUGUCUGUUACAGAUAUGUGUAACGUUGGUUCAUGGACAACUGAAAUAGAAAUUCUUGCACUCUGUCAUCUGUUGCAAACUGAUGUACAUACAUAUACAGAGAAAAAGUGGGUUACAUAUUCAAGACAACUGAUUGAUCCUUCGACAAAUGUUCAAUCCACAGGGUCAAUCUAUUUAGAUCAUGAAAAUCAGAAUCAUUAUAAUGUAGUGGUUAGGGUUGCUGGAAAAGAAACGGAAAGGUUCAUGACAACAUCCGAUAAAUCUCAAUUUCUUGGCAAGGACUGGUACAGAAAAAAACUUGGAAAUCGGAACCGCAUGAGGGCCAAGCGUUUCACUUUAUCUCCAAAAAAGAAUGCAAAUAACAAGGAAAUGAAAUCGAAAGCUGCAAAACUUAAGUACAAAACAGACCUGAAAUUUAGAUUAAAGGCACUAGCAAAUGGGAUAAAUAGGUAUAGAAGCAAUGAACUUUACCAAACAAAAGUAAAACAGAGGAGUGUGGACAAAUACUCUUUGGAUGCAGAACACAAGUUAAAAGUCAAGGAAUCCAGCAAAAGAAAAUAUAUAACAGACAAUGUGUACAGACAAAGCAAAAAGAAAAGAAGCAUUGAGAAAUAUAGUUCAGAUAUAGAGCACAGAGAAGUUGUUAAACAAAGGAGUGUAGAGAAAUACAAGAAUGAUGAUGUGCAUAGAAUAGAUGUCAAACUAAGGAGUGUAGAGAAAUACAAGACUGAUGAUGUCCACAGAAUAGAUGUUAAACAAAGGAGUGUAGAGAAAUACAAGAAUGAUGAUGUGCACAGAACAGAUGUUAAACAAAGGAGUGUAGAGAAAUACAAGAAUGAUGAUGUGCAUAGAACAGAUGUUAAACAAAGGAGUACAGAGAAGUACAAGAAUGAUGACGUGCACAGAAUGAAUGUUAAACAAAGGAGUAUAGAGAAGUACCAAAAAGAUGAUGAACAUAGAAAUUUGGUAAAAAUGGCUAGUAAAAGAAAGUAUCUUAGUGCUGAUGAGAAAAAGAAGAAAAAAGAGAAUGUUCAGAAUCAGAGAUAUGCACUGAAAUUGAAGCUGGAAGAUGAAGAUGAAGUUUUGAAAAUGUUUAAAGAAAGUGUAAAAAAUGGUCCAGAGUACUCUUGUUGCUGUUGUGAUCGUUUAUUGUUUGAACAUCAAGUCCAAGGAUGUGCAUUUGAAAUGUAUGUAGAAAGACAACAAGCAAAUAAAAUUGCACAGACAUGCGUACAGAAGAAAUAUAUUCACGAUUGUACAUUGACAUGCCCGAAGCCUUGCCCACAGUCAUCAAUGUGGAUAUGUUUUACUUGUCAUAGGAAAAUAUUGAAUGGCAAAAUACCGGCAGAGGCAGCAGCAAAUAAGAUGUCGCUAGAAGAAAUUCCAAGUGAAUUGAGGAAUUUAAACAGUUUAGAACAACACCUGAUUGCCUUACAUAUUCCAUUUAUGAAAGUGAUGGCUCUUCCACAAGGUGGUCAAAAGAAUGUACAUGGACCCGUUGUUUGUGUGCCAUCAAAUAUGAAAAAGGCGACAAGUUUACCCCGAAAUGAGAAUGACAAUUUGUUAUUAAGAGUUAAGCUGAAACGUAAGUUAGCUUACAAGGGCUAUUUUGAAUACCAGUUUGUUGAUCCAAAUCACAUAAUGGUGGCUCUUGACUAUUUAAAGAAAAAGAACAAAUGGUACCAAGACAUUAUGAUCAAUACCACAUGGGAGGGCUAUGGUGAUGAAAAUGAUUUGUUAUCGAAUGAGUUCACUGAAUUUGUAGAUGAGGAAAUGAUACAGAGAGAAGAUAGAGAAGAGAAUCAAGAGGUUGUAACUGAUACAUGUUUACAGCCCGUGGAUGUUGCACAGGAAGUUCUUGAUCAUUACUUUGAUGAUGUCUACAAUAUAGCCCCAGCGGAAGGGAAAAAUCCAAUCAGAAUGUUGCAGGAAGAAGGAAAUGAAGCAAAGACCUUUCCACAUUUAUUUCCAAGUGGCAACUUUUCUUGGAAUGAAGACCGAGAUGUGAAGAUAACACUUUCAAGGUAUUUAAACAACAGACUGAUGAAUUCUGAUAACAGAUUUGCAAAAGACACAAAUUACAUAUUUUUCUCUCAAUACAUGUCAGAAUUGAACCAAGUAAUUGAAAAGACACAAAUUUCAAUACGGAAGUCUCUAUCAAAGCUUGAUAAUGGGAAAACAGUUACAUCUGAAAUGCUGCAAAAUCCAGAUGUUCUUUCGAAACUCCUAAGGAAUGAUGAGGCUUUGCGCUUUAUGCAACCUAUUCGUGGGACUCCAGCAUAUUGGUCAGCAACCCAGAAAGAUCUUUUUGCUAUGCUUCGACAGUUAGGCAUCCCAACAUGGUUUUGUUCAUUUUCUGCUGCAGAGUUUCGGUGGGAUGAAAUUAUUGGAUCAAUAUUGCAUCAUGAGAAUGAUCCUAGAUCCCCAUCUGAAUUGGACUGGUCAGAAAAAAGUGAAGUUUUAAGAAGCAAUCCAGUUACUGUGGCUAGAAUGUUUGAACAUAGAUUUCAUAUGUUUCAAAGGCAUGUCAUAUUUUCACCAUCAAAACCAAUAGGGAAUGUUAUUGACUUUUUUGUGAGAGUAGAAUUUCAACAAAGAGGCUCCCCGCACAUGCACUGUUUGUACUGGGUUGAAAAUGCACCAAAAUUUGGUGAAGAUGAGGAAGAAACUGUUUGUGAUUUCAUUGAUAGAUAUAUCACAUGUGCUCUACCCUCAGAAAAUGAUGACGCAGAAUUGCGGGGAAUUGUUUUAGGUGUUCAGCAACAUAGCAAGAAUCAUUCAAAAUCAUGUAGGAAAAAGGGAACAGAAUGUAGGUUCCACUUUCCAAGACCACCAUCAGAAAGAACUUUCAUAACAAAGCAGUGUGAGGAAGAUGUUGAGGACUCUGAGACUGACGGAAAAUUAUGUAAAUCUCAGGCAAAAGAUAUUUUAUUGCGUGUUUGGAAUGAAGUUCUUGAUGAUGUGAAUGGAUGCAAAACAACUGAGGAAAUUUUCAGAGAUUUGCAAUUAUCACAAGAUGUUUAUGAAAUGGCACAUAGAGCAUUAUCUACAAAAACAAGUACUAUCUUAAAACGAAAUCCAGAUGAAAUGUGGACAAAUCAAUACAACACAUGUCUUCUCAAAUGCUGGGAUGCUAAUAUGGAUAUACAGUACAUCCUUGACCCAUUUAGCUGCAUUGUGUACAUUAUUUCGUACAUUUCAAAAUCGGAACGGGAAAUGGGAAUGUUGUUGAAACAAACUCAAGUAGAAUCCGCAGAGGGAAAUUUGAAUGCUCGACAAACAAUAAGGAAAAUUGGAUCAGCAUAUCUCAACCAUAGAGAGGUCAGUGCCCAGGAAUCGGUAUACAGAGUUUGCAAUCUAAAAAUGAAAGAAAGUUCAAGAAAAGUAGUUUUUGUUCCUGUGGGUGAAAAUCCGACUCGUUUGAGUAAACCUCUAGCACAAAUGAAAAAAACGUCAAAGAAUGAAAAUGAAAUGGAAGAAGAUGAUGACAGCAUUUGGAUGACAAAUAUAGUGGAAAGGUAUGAAAGUCGACCUGAUGUACACCCUUUUCCCGAAAUGUGCCUUGCAGAAUUUUGCUCUGAAUUCCGUGUUUUGGCAAAAUCUCAAAUUCCUCAGGGAGAAAAAGAAGGAGUGUAUGAAUUGAAAAAUGGAAAUGGUUACGUGCAGAAAAGAACUAGAGGUAAACCAGCUGUUAUAAGAUAUCCAAGGUUCAACCCUGAAAAUGCAUCAGAAAAAUAUUAUCAAUCAAUACUUCAGCUUUUCCUUCCAUAUUUGACCCAAGAUCAACUGAAACCACCUGGAUUUGAGUUUUACCAGACGUUUUUUGAAAAUGGAUUUGUCAAAUUGAAUGGUGAAAACAAAUUGCAAUCAGUGCGGAAUGUGGUGGAAAAUAACCGCAGUAGUUUCUCAAAGAAUGAGGAUGCCCUUGAAAAUGCCCAAGAAAUGUUAGAACUUUGUGGUGAACCUGAGGAUGCUUGGGCCAAUCUUUGUCCGGAGACUGAAAGAAAUCGAGAAGAAUGUCUUAACCAAAAGAGAAGAAUUGAGCAGUCUGAAAACAAAGAACCAGAGAUAACUAAUGAAAUUGAAAAUGAUGGCUCCUCAGAAUUUAUAUACCAUAUAAGAGAGUAUUCUAGCUCAAGACAAGAAAUGCUUCCUUUAUUAAGAAGUUUGAAUGAAAAACAAAAACAAGUUUUCUAUUUAGUUCGUGAGUGGUGUUUGAAAAAAGUAGGUGGGAAGAAAAUAGAACCAUUACAUAUUUUCAUUACUGGAGGUGCAGGAACAGGUAAAAGCCACUUAAUCAAGACCAUACAGUAUGAAGCCUCUCGAAUUUUUGAGAAAACAGUUCUGUCUCCUACAGAUUUGUCAGUUCUUCUAACAGCUUUUACUGGAACAGCAGCUUUUAAUAUUGGGGGAAAUACAAUUCACCAUGUCUUUUCUUUAACAAAAGCUCUUCCCAUUCCAUAUGAACCUCUGAAAGAACAAAGUUUGAGUGCAAUGAGAACAAGAUUAGGAUCAUUGCAGAUUCUUAUUAUUGAUGAAGUUUCCAUGGUUUUUAAGCGACUUCUAUAUUAUAUACACGAACGCUUGGUCCAAAUCAGAAAAUGCAAAGAACCAUUUGGUGGUAUUACGGUUAUAGCUGUUGGUGAUUUCUUUCAACUACCACCAGUGAAACAACGAAAACUAGAAAUAUUGUACAAAGAAAAUGGGGAAUAUCCAGUAGACUACUGGUUAGACUUUUUCAAAAUCAUUGAGUUGGACGAAAUAAUGAGACAACGAGACGAUGCUGCAUUUGCAUCAGUUUUAAAUUCACUACGAAUUCGAACGAUCACAGAACCUCUAUCAGAAGAGGCGAAAACAAUGUUGAAAGAAUGUAUUAGAGAUGGACCAGAUGACGUUUUGCAUGUGUAUCCUACAAAUAAUGAAGCAAAUGAAUAUAAUCUGAAGAUGUUGCAUACUAACUGUGAAGAACUGAUGGAGAUUACUGCAGAAGAUUAUCAGAAAGACAAAACUACAGGAAAGCUUACCUUACGUGAGAAACCAUUCAUUAGAACAAGAACAGAUGGCUUAUCAGCUUCUUUGCUGUUGUCUGUGAAUGCUAGAGUGAUGUUGACGAGAAAUAUCAAUGUUGAAGAUGGCCUUGUAAAUGGUGCAAUGGGACAUAUUUCAGCUAUCGAUUUUGGAAAAGCUGAGCAAAGAAACAGGGUAGAUAGCAUUAGAGUAAUGUUUGAUUGUAAAGACAUUGGGAGACUGCAGGGAAAAGGAACAACACGUGGAAAUGAAGUCCUUAUUCAAAGGAUACAAGAAGAUAUCAAAGAGAAAAAUACAAAGAGUGUUGUCAGACAUCAAUUUCCUUUGAAACUCGCAUGGGCAUGCACAGCGCAUAAAGUUCAAGGAAUGACAACAAACAGUGUUGUAGUAAAUUUAGAUCGUACUUUCGCUGCAGGACAGGCAUAUGUUGCUAUUAGUCGUGUCACUUCCCAGAAUGAAACAUGGUUGACAGACAAUGACUGUACUAAAGCCUUUGCAAUCAAAGACUUCGAAUUCAAUCACACUACAAGGGAGCAGUCUUAUGAUGAAAGUGUGGAAUGUUUGGAUAAACUUCGCACAGCAAAAGGUGGGGGUGUUGGUAUUUACAAGAAAAGAAAGGAAAAGGCAUUAGUUCAUGUUUUGUCCGAAAAUAAUAUUGAGGGAAUGGCCGUGGAACUUUGCAAGGAAAAGACUAUUAUGAUUGUUGUGUAUCGACCAAGUGUACUCAGUGUCAGAUGUUUUCUUCAACACUUUCAAAGGGUUAUUGAUUUCUUUAAAGUACAAUAUUCUAAAUGCCUAAUACUUGGAGACUUCAAUGAAGACGCUACAUUGGAAGGACCGAUUCAAAAGAUGUUGGAGAUUAACGGUUUCAAGCAGAAAGUAAACCUUGCUACAACAGACGGUGAUACUAUACUGGAUCAUGUAUAUAUCACAAAAGAAAUGGAAGUUCGUAUAGAAAUCAUGCCAGUGUAUUACAGCUAUCAUGACGCU